AUGAACAAUGAAAUUACAGCAACAACAAAUACAGCAACAACAACCAACUUGACGCCAAUAACGACGAUUACGGGAACAGCUACACUACUACCGACAUAUCGGAAUCCAAUCAUGAAAUCCGAGGAGGAUGACCUAAUCGCCUUUAGUAAGGAGACGAUUAAGAGUACUACCGGACGUAUCAGUAACAGCACACCGGUAGUGACAGCAGCGGAAACCGCCAACCCAAGAGUGGAAGCCUCCACUUCCAAAGCUGCCAUUAGCACCAACCAAAGUCCACUGGUGGCUAAAGUAGGCAAUCAACGCAAGAAACGCAAAAAAACACAGAAUCAACUGAGGAAACGCCGGUACCAGCAAGCAGUCUUUAUACUUGGUAAGAAGGCCAAAGAUCAGGCAGCCGGAACCCCAGUAGAUGAGGACGAAAUCAAGCGCCUUAGAAGGAUAGUGGAGGAUUGCGAAAGGAAACGCCCAAUCACCGAAUCGCAAGGUACUCUGCCCAAAAAACCCAGGCGGAGUGAAGGAGAACAACGCAGCUCAACAGUGGCAAGACAUUUCUGCGAUGUAGUCAGAGAUAGCCUACAAGUAGCCGUUAUAGACAGCAACUCCUCCUCACCAAGCACAGUGCAUGAACGAUGGGUGGAGAUCGACGUCAGAUUGUCGAGUAUGGUGCUAAGCUAUGUACUCGAUAAUCCUGCGGGUCCUUACCCAGAGUUUGACUCCUCUGAAACAGUUAGAGGUUACAGGGUCAUCAAAUGCGCGAACCAGAGCUCUCUAGAUUUCCUAACGGGUAGCGUUGCUAAAAUUAGCAACGCCUUUGUAGGCCUCCAACUGAGUCUUAUACCCGCUAAGGAUAUCCCGAAGAGACCUCAUGCUCGCAUUUGGCUACCCCCGCUAGAGGACUCAGGCGAAAAACUCCUCAGGUGUAUCAAGCUGCAAAACAGGGCUAUAUCAGGCAUAAAUAAGUGGCAGCUGAUUAAGGACGAGAAACCAAACAAAGCAAGUAGACCAAUUCUAGUGGAGAUUUGCGACGAGUCCAUAGAGGCUCUUACGAAGGCUGACAACAAAAUCAGCUUCGGUAUUCGCAAAGCCAGGAUAAAAAUCUUCCAUUACGACAAAGCGGCUGACAAAGAUGACACGAACGAGGUCGACGACGUUAGCCAGCUGCCAAGGAACGGAGGCAUCAAGGAAAUCUAA